AUGGCUUCAACAUCAAGUAGUAAAGAGUUGAAAUAUGCUCAAGAAUUUGUCGACUUUGUCAAUGCUUCUCCUACUCCAUACCACGCUGUAAACUCAGUCAAAUCAUUAUUGUCUGAAGCAGGGUUUCAAGAAAUCCACGAAAGAACCAAUUGGUUUAAAUUUCAUGGUUUACAAAAAGGCGGUAAAUAUUUUGUCACCAGAAACGGAUCCUCAAUAAUUGCAUUCACAAUUGGUGAACAAUUUAAAAAUGGGAAUGGGAUUGCUAUUGUUGGUGCUCAUACUGAUUCACCAUGUCUUCGUAUCAAGCCAAUUUCGAAAAAAAACUCCGAAGGUUUCAUUCAAAUUGGUGUAGAACAAUAUGGCGGAUUGAUUGCUCAUUCUUGGUUUGAUCGUGAUUUAUCUAUUGCAGGAAGAGUUUAUGUCAAUGAAAAUGGGCAAUUUGUUCCAAAAUUAUUGAAGAUUGAUAAGCCAUUAUUAAGAAUUCCAACAUUGGCAAUUCAUUUAGAUCGUGAUGUCAAUACUAAAUUUGAAUUCAACAAAGAAACCAAAUUGGUUCCAAUUGCUGGUCAAACAUCAAUUGAUAGAAAUGAAAAGGAAACCUCAGCUACCAAAUCAUGUGCGGAUGAUCCUAAUUUACAAUUAACUCCUGAUCAAUUUGAAUCAGUUCAAAAUGUUAUUUCAAGACAUAAUAAAUCUUUAGUAGAAUUAAUUGCUAAAGAACUUGAUGUUGAACCUACAAAAAUUGAAGAUUUUGAAUUGAUUUUAUUUGAUCAUCAAAAAUCUACCAUUGGUGGUUUAAACGAUGAAUUUAUUUUCUCACCUAGAUUAGAUAAUUUAACUUCUUGUUUUACUGCUGCCAAAGGUUUAGUCGAAUCAAUUAAGAGCUUACCAAAGGAGGAAGGAAUUUCUUUGAUCUCAUUGUUUGAUCAUGAAGAAAUUGGAAGCGUUUCAGCACAAGGUGCCGACUCUACAUUUUUACCUGAUAUAAUUCAACGUUUAACAAAAUUUGAUUUCGAUAACAACAACAACAACAACAACGUAGAUUAUUUCCAUGAAACAAUGUCGAAAUCAUUCUUGUUAUCUUCCGAUAUGGCACAUGGAGUUCAUCCAAACUAUGCUGAUAAAUAUGAAGGACAAAAUCGUCCACAAUUGAAUUUAGGUCCUGUUAUUAAGAUUAAUGCUAAUCAAAGAUACGCCACAAAUUCACCGGGAAUUGUAUUAUUAAAGAAAGUUGCAGACAAAGUCCAAGUUCCAUUGCAAUUGUUUGUUGUUAGAAAUGAUUCACCUUGUGGAUCCACCAUUGGUCCUAUCUUAGCUGCCAAAUUGGGAAUCAGAACAUUAGAUUUAGGAAAUCCUCAAUUAUCAAUGCAUUCAAUUAGAGAAACGGGUGGCACUUUUGAUAUUCUUAAAUUGACAGACUUAUUUAAAUCAUUUUUUGAAAACUACAUAGAAUUGGAUAGAAAAAUUUUAGUUGACCAUCUUUGA